AUGAAGGAAGAGUACAAUUACUUAAACGUGUCUAAAGUUGGAACAUUUACAGUGUACGACAGCCUUGACUGCACCUUUGAAUGCCUCGGUAAUCCUUCCUGUUUGUCCUUCAACCUGGCAGCUUACAAAGGAGCAGAUGGAAAGUUUCUGUGUGAGUUGUUAUCGUCAGAAAAGUACAGCAAUCCUGAGGAGUAUAAAAGAAACGACAGUUUUCAUCACUUUUUCGUUAAGGUGGGGUUAAUUCUUUGUGUAAAGUUUAAAGAAAGAUAGUUUUCAUAUCUCAGUCUGUGGUGAUUUUUAAUAACGUGUCUUAAGAUACUUUCGGGUAAACGUAAAACUCGGCGCCGUAAUUCUUUAAAAAAGGUUCUUUACAUAGAAUAUUAGCUAAGAAAUUAAAUCGAAAAAGAACCGGCGUAAAAGCGACUGAGGAUAAGACGUCGGAGUUAUUCAGUCGAAUCAGUCACUUUCUCCCUUUUUUCUUACCUCAAAAAUUAUACCGCCGGAACAAAAUUACCUUAAUAAAAUGGCAUUUGACAUCAAAAUUUUUUAUAAUUAUUUCAGACUCCAUGUAUGUCAUCACCGUGCCAGAACGGAGGUACCUGUGUAGCGAACUACAAGUAUCACUCGUUUGA